AUGAGAAAGUUGGUUUCAAAGGCUUUCAAAAACUCUAUUGUCUCAUCGAGAAGCAAAUAUUUACCUUCCGAACAAGGCCAUCAUCAACACUUGCACAAUAUCAACAACUCUCAACAACACAGAUGUUAUCAUCAUAAUUGCAAUUGUUGCCAACAAUUUAGUUACACAAAAGUAAUUAAAAAGAUUACCCCAGCAGCCACCAAUAAUAAUACCACAGCAACAAGCACAUCAACACAAUCAAAGCCUACCACAACUUCUAAUGCUAAAAUUCAACAAGUAAUGACCAAUGCAUCAUCAACAAUAGCACCGAAUAGAAAUAUAAAACAACAACAAGAGGAAGAGUUUGAAGAGGAAUAUGACGACACACUUGAGGAAACUCCAGAAGAUAGAAAUAACCCACUUCAAAAUCACUCCAAUGCUUUUAAUACAUUUGUUUCUAAUUUUUACAAGAUCAACGAAAGUGAUAUUCAAGAGUUUUUAACAAGAAAAGGAUUGGGCUUUAGAAAUGUAAUGAAUGAAAUUAUUGUAAAAGAAUGUCCUUUCUGCCAUGAUACUAAAGGAAAGGUCACUAAUUUAUGGAAAUUAUAUAUUCACAGAGCUAGUGGAGCUUAUAUGUGUCACAGAUGUGGAGCUAAGGGUUCUUGGUUUGAUUUUAAAAUGAAUUUCCAUAAGGAUUCACCAAUUUCAACACUUCACUCAGAUUCAGUAUCCAACAAUCAACCAAAAGCAGGAGGGCAAAACAAUGAAACAUCAGCAACUAAUUUACCAAAGAAGAGGGAUAAACCAACAAAGAAGGAGUUUGAAACAUACAGAAGCAACUUUGAUGGAGUAGAUUUCCCAGAAGCAGUUCAAUAUCUUGAAAAGGUAAGAGGAAUCAAGAAGGAUGUAGCAGCAAUGUAUGGUGUUGGAUGUGGAGUAUUCCCAUUUUCAAAGGUAAUCGAAAAUCCAGAACAAGAGACAGAAAACCUUGUAAGAGUUAAUGAGCUUUGUUUCACAUUCCCAAUGUUCAAACCAACCAAAUCUCAUGAAAGUGGCAUUCUUUUAUCCAGACAUAAAAUAAGAGCUAUCCAAGAUAAGACAUGUAUGAAAUUGGAUCCUCCUCAAACAAAUAAUUGGGGUUUAUUUGGAUGGCACUUGAUUGCUUCUAAAUUUAAGAAUGAAAAGCCAUCUACUACCACUACUACUACUAACCCACAAAGUAAUGAUUUGAAGACAAUUAUCAUUACAGAAGGAGAGUUUGAUGCUAUGGCUGUCUAUCAAAAGACUGGUAUUCCAGCUGUUUCAUUACCAAAUGGAUGUCGAUCACUUCCAGUUGAUGUCGUCCAAUGGCUAGAAGAUUUUGAUAAGAUUUACUUGUGGAUGGAUGACGAUGUUCCAGGUCAACAAGGAGCUGAACUCUUCUCCAAAAAACUUGGUGUUGGCAGAUGUUAUAUUGUCCACUCGAAUUAUAAGGAAGUAGUUGAUGAGUAUGGUGACCCAAUAGAACAAACCAAUGAAAAGAAAAUUAAGGAUGCAAAUGAAGCAUUGCUUGCAGGUCUUGACUUCCACAGAUUGAUAGAAGAGGCUGCACCAAUUCAACAUGAAAGAAUUUUAACAUUCAACACAUUUAAACAACAAGUAUAUAGAGAACUUUUUGACAAAUCAGAAGUUGUGAAUGGAGUUCAAUCUCACUUUUUCCCAGGUCUGAACAAGAUCUUAAAGGGGCACAGAAGAGGAGAAUUAACAAUCAUUACAGGUGCCACUGGUAUUGGUAAGACAACAGUUCUUUCACAACUUUCAUUGGACUAUUGUAAAUAUGGUAAUGUACCAACACUGUGGGGUUCAUUUGAAAUUAGAAAUCACAGACUUAUCAAAAAGAUGAUGUGUCAAUUGGCUGCUAGACAAUAUUCUCCAGAAGAAUUGAAGAGGGAUUUUGAAAUUAUUAGUGAACAAUUCUCAGAAUUACCAAUGUACUUUUUGAACUUUUAUGGUUCAACAGAUAUUGACGAAUUAUUGGAUGCUAUGGACUAUGCAGUCUAUGUAUAUGAUGUUGCUCAUAUUGUGAUUGAUAAUUUACAAUUUAUGAUGUCAACCUCUGAUGCAUCAUAUACUAAUAGAUUUGAAUUACAAGAUAAGGCAAUUGAAAAGUUGAGAAAGUUUGCAACUACAAGAUCUGUACACGUGACGCUUGUUGUCCAUCCAAAGAAGAUUGACGAAAAGGAACAAUUACAAAUUUCCAGUGUGUUUGGUUCUGCAAAGGCAACACAAGAAGCCGACAAUAUUAUCAUGAUUCAAAGAAAUAAGCAUUACAAAUAUUUACAAGUUAAGAAGAAUAGAUUUGAUGGUACUCUUGGAAUUGUUCCUUAUCGAUUCGAAAGAAAUAGAGGUGAAAGAAUUUCUGAACUGACCGAAAAAGAAAUUGAAUUGGUUGAAAAGGGACAACUCACAAUUGAUUAUGAAUAA